AUGAACAAACGGCCCACCACCAUGAGAACCAGAUGCGCCUCCGCGAGAAGACAACGCACGUCUCGACGAAGUGACCAAUGCAGAUCGCUGCGUGCCACCACGACGGAGAGACCAGCGCCGCAACGAACCACUUUGUGCCACCAGGCAGCGGCUCAAACGUCAUUUCUCCACCACUGCGAACAAGACACGAACAACCACCGUAACACCCUUUCGUCGUCGCACCGCCAUGAGCAAACCAUUACCGGUGACCGGCGCGAAUGCGAACAACCCAGAAAAUCCCAGAUUCAGGAAUGCAACCGGAAUUGUUACAGAAAGGGGUUUCAAAAUUUGGGUUCAAAAAGAGUUCAAAUUGAAAAAUUAGGGUUGAUGAAAAUUGGGGAUUCAAGAGACCUUUGCCUCAAAGCCAAGAUUGAACAAAAGUUGCCAUCUAUUCCAGUACAAAUUCAAAAAACACUUCUGGCAAAUAAAUGA